AGGGGGCGGUUGGGGGCUGCUGCCUCGGAGGGAAGAAGGCAGAAAGCCUCCGCUCUAGCCGCCUUCUUUCCCUUCUUCCUCCGGUGUAAUAAUGAACAGGGGGAGCAGCGCCGCUUCUUGUCCGGCUUCGGUGCCCGGGGACGGCCAGGGCAGCGGGCUCGGUCGCCGGGUCUGUAGCAACUGCCACAAAGUCCUGAGGCAGGAAAAGAAAAUCAGAGUAUCUCUGCCUUUAACAAGAGGACCAAGUGCCUUUAUCCCAGAAAAGGAAGUUAUGCAGGCCAACAGUUUGAAUGAACGUAUGCACCUGCUUGUGGAAGAAUAUUCUACAUCUGGUCGCCUAGAUAACAUUACCCAGGUCAUGAGCUUACACACACAGUAUUUGGAGUCCUUCCUCCGUAGUCAGUUUUAUAUGUUGCGUAUGGAUGGGCCUCUUCCUUUGCCCUACCGGCACUACAUAGCAAUCAUGGCGGCUGCCAGGCAUCAAUGCUCUUAUCUAAUAAACAUGCAUGUGGAUGAGUUCCUGAAGACUGGAGGGAUACCAGAAUGGCUGAAUGGCUUGGAAUAUGUUCCACAAAGGCUGAAAAAUCUAAAUGAAAUCAAUAAGCUUCUUGCACACCGACCCUGGCUAGUUUCAAAAGAGCACAUUCAGCAACUUGUCAAGACAGGGGAAAAUAAUUGGUCUCUUCCUGAAUUGGUGCAUGCUGUGGUCCUCUUGGCACACUACCAUGCCUUGGCAAGUUUUGUCUUUGGUAGUGGCAUCAAUCCAGAGAGAGAUCUUGAUACCUCAAAUGGCUACAGGCUCAUAUCAGUUAACAACUUCUGUGUCUGUGAUCUUGCCAAUGACAACAACAUUGAAAAUGCGUCCCUCACAAGUAACAACUUUGAGAUCUCAGAUUCUUUAAGUGAGCUGGAGGCUCUGAUGGACAGAAUGAAGAGGCUGCAGGAGGAAGAGGAGGAGGAAGCCUCCCAAGAGGAAAUGGAUACUCGCUUUGAGAAGGAGAAGACAGAGAGCCUCCUAGUUGUCACUGAAGCCUUUGAUGAUGAAAUAGUUUCCAUAGCAGAUGUUUCCCGCUAUGUUGAAGAUCCUGGUUUUGGAUACAAAGACUUUGGUAGGCGUGGGGAUCUGCCAACGUUCCGAGCCCAGGACUACACUUGGGAAAAUCAUGGAUUCUCCCUUGUAAACAGGCUUUAUUCUGACAUUGGGCAUCUCUUGGAUGAGAAAUUCCGGAUGGUCUACAACCUCACUUACAACACUAUGGCCACCCAUGAAGAUGUUGACACAACCACAUUGAGAAGAGCUUUAUUUAAUUAUGUUCACUGUAUGUAUGGAAUCAGGUAUGAUGAUUACGAUUAUGGAGAAGUUAAUCAGUUACUUGAACGGAACCUGAAGGUUUACAUUAAGACAGUGACCUGCUACCCAGAGCGAACUACCAAGCGCAUGUACGAUGCUUACUGGCGCCAGUUCAAGCAUUCAGAGAAGGUCCAUGUGAAUCUUCUUCUUAUGGAGGCUCGCAUGCAAGCUGAACUCCUCUAUGCCCUUCGUGCCAUCACGCGUCACUUGACCUGAAGCACAAUUGCAAGUGUGUGAAUAAAGCUUCCAGACAAGAUGCGCAGUAAAAAAGCUGCCUAUGACGUAGCAUCAGGUUAUUAGAUUCUCAAGUGUCAAAAGCUGAAGCCCCAUUUCUGGUGGCUGUUAACGUGCAAUGAUCUUUUUUUCUUUUUUCUUGAUGCUUAACAUUACUAAUUUUAGCAAAAAUAACACUGAGAAACAUUACUUCUUAAGUUGUUUCCAGUUGAUAUAUUGGUCACAAACCCUAAGCUGGUUUGUAAUAGUUGAUUCUUUGCCAUUUGUUCUCCCACCCAAAAGAAAAACAUUGUUGUACAGUGUCUCUUUUGAGGUUCUGUUCAUCCCCCACCCCAUUCUCUCUUAUGAAAGCAAAAUAUUUUCCCCCAUUUCUUUCCCACCUUUCUUCUAGUUCUUUCUAGGAUAUUAUAUGGCAGUUUUCCUAAAUGCAGUAUAUGCUAUGUUUUAAACUGAACUCAACUGGCUUAUUCUUAGAUUGUUCCUAGAAAUAUAAUAGUUCAGCAGUAGUUUGGAGGUCAUGUGAAAAUUGAUGCAAUUAUUGUCUGCCUUUUUUUAAAUGUGAAAGGAACUGCUGCGUAUUCUGAGGCAUGCUACUGAGAUGCAGCAUUCAAAUACAUGCUUUCUUGAAUGAAGAGGUGUUUACCAUAUCCAUUUCAAAUAUACAUAUCAGUUCGGGGACUGCAUCUUCCCCUUUUACCUACAGAUACACUCUCCUGCUGCCUGCAAUGAUGCUUGAAAGGCUACUUAAAAGCACAUUUGGUAAAUCAGUGUGAUUUGGAUUGUUUAACCAUUUGCCAGUCGAUUUAAGAUAUUAAAAGUUUAAAUCCAAGACUGCCCUUUAACUAGUUUAUAGGUCUGGCAGUUAUGCAGAAAGUACAAAUUGAGUGCGUACUGCCUGAUCAAAUGAAAAACAAACCUACAUUAGCGCAUUGUUUUAAAAAUGAUAAAGAGCUGCCUUCUGCUGAGUCAGGCCAUUUGUUCAUUUAACCCAGUGCUCCCUAUUCUGGUUUUCUCAAGGUCUUACUUUGGCAGAAGCCUUUCCAAGCUCUGCUUCCUGAAAUGCUUUGACUGGAGAUGGCAGAGACAGAACCCAGGAACUUGGACAUGUAAAGUAGUGGUCUGUUCCUUUCCUAAAAGCUUUGCUCAUACAGUCCUGCCAUCCAUUCAUCUGUCAAACCCAGCACCAUCUGUUCUGGCUUGCAAGUGGCUCCCUCAAGCUCUUGGGUGAGAUACUUGAGUUAGAAAGGCUAGAGAAUAUAUGUAGGACUUCCUUCAUGCGAAGAGCGUGCUUUACCACAAAGCUAAGGCCGCCUUUUUUCUCCACUGCUAUCUCUAUUUUUCUUUCCCAUUUUUAAACAUCAAGGGUAAUUAUCUUAAUGUUUAGCAUAAGAUUUUAGAAAUUUGAUCCCAGUAUUAUUUCCCUGAAUCGUGGUGUCAGAACACUUUUUUUUAAAUGUAGUAAAGCUAUGAAUCAUGUUCAUCUGUGCUGACAUGAGUGAACAAAAGGAAGUGCAAUAUUGAGCAGGAAAGCAGGCUUUUCCCUAAAAAAAAAAAAACCCACUGCUAAAAUCUCCUGUUCAAACUGAACAGAGGAAAACCUGUCUUUCCUUCCCAAACUUUUGUUUGUGUCUGUGGCUUGCUUGCCUUGAACAAUCAGCUACAAAAAAGAUGCCAAAGUAUUGUUUAACUGAAACAGAUGCACAGCAUGCUUCCCCAAGUCCUUCUAAGUAUCUGCAGUUCAUGCCAAUGGAGAAGCCCCUGUAGGCUCCAUACAACUGAAUGGUGAGUGUGCAGCCAUAAUGUUUGAAUUACAUCCAUUGACAACUGGCAUUGUUGGGAAAGAAAAGUGAGCGGCCAAAAAAAAUCACAUUUUGUGUUGUUUGGCUACACUAUUUUGUUUUGUUUUUUUGGGGGGGGAGGGGUUGUUGUUUGUUUGUUUGUUUGUUUGUUUUUGGAGACCAAAAAUGUCAGUGUUCUUAUAGAUUUAGACUCUGCUAGAACAUAGACUCUGCUAGAACAUGGCCACAUAGCCCGAAAACCCCACAAAAAACUAUGGAUGCUGGCCAUGAAAGCCUUCGACCUAUAGACUUACUUUGUGUUGUCCUUAAAUUCAACAAAGUGCCUGAAGAGAAGCUGAAAAAAUUUACCCAUUAGGACACAAUAAGGACUUUUACAUGACCAGCUCACUCCAGGAAAAAUCAGUCACAACUCAUCCCCAAAGUCCCAUUGAAAUCUACUUAAGUCCAAAUGACUUUAUAUGCCACAUAUUUGUGUCCCAUGACAGUCUCACAGUUCCAUAGAAGGAGUUCUCUUUGUCCAAAGUCUUUUGAGUUGGGCAUAUGUACAAAUAAAUUUAAUUCCUAGCCUUAUUUAUUGAUUCAUUUGUGACUAAUUUCUGUUGGACUGUUACUGAUGCUGGGUUUUAUUUUAUUCCUCCCCCCAGCCCUUUAAGCUUCACUUUAACUUGUUUUAAUAGACAUUGGAAAAGAGUGAAAUACACCUUUUCAUCCCAGUGAGCUAUAGAAAACAACAUAAAAAACCAUUUUUAUAUUGGAGACUUCCAUAAUGGUGGGUUUUGUGGAAGUGAUUUCCAAAGUCUUUCUAUGACAAACAGAUUUGUUUAUUUU